GUCAGUGUCCCUUUGGGCGGGUGUUGUGCUGGCUCUGUCAGCCGAGCAUGGCCCCGGCUGCAGGACAACCCCGCUGGCGCCGCCGUCCUGCCGGGGCCGGAGUUGGGGGGAUGUCCUUGGCCUUCCCUGUGGGCCGGAGGCAAAUCCCCUGCCUGUCCUUCUUGCUUCCUGCCCCAGGCCCCGAGCUGAGGACGGAGAGCCCGGAGGACAAAUCCCCUCGUGAGACCCUGGUGGGAGAGGCCGUUUUGAAGGGCUCCCCGGCGCAGGAAGGCAGCGGGGAGGAAAAGGGCCGGAGAUCCCCCCGCAGGAGGGGCUCCAAAGCCAUCCCAGGGUGCUCUGAGGAAGAAGGACCCAGCCUGUGCCGGGAAGGCAGCUGGAGCUUGAGGGGGAGUUCUGAGCUGGUGGUCCAUGAGCAGGCUCCCAGCAGGGAGAAGCCCUUCGUGUGCUUGGAAUGUGGGAAGAGCUUCAGGCAGAGGUCCCACCUGAUCCGACACCUGCACAUCCACACUGGGGAACGGCCCUACCCAUGUGGGGAAUGUGGGAAGAGCUUCAGGCAGAGUUCCCACCUCCUCACCCACCAGCACAUCCACACUGGGGAACGGCCCUACACCUGUUGGGAAUGCGGGAAGAGCUUCAACCAGAGCUCCACCCUUCGCACCCACCAACGCAUCCACACUGGGGAAUGGCCCUACAAGUGCUUGGAAUGUGGGAAGAGGUUUCAGACCAGCUCACAUCUCCUCCUGCAUGAGCGGACGCACACGGAUGAGAGGCCCUUCCGCUGCACCGACUGCGGGAAGGGCUUCAACCGGAACUCCAACCUCGUCACUCACCGGCGCAUCCACACAGGGGAGAGGCCCUACAAGUGUGGGGAGUGUGGGAAGAGCUUCACCCAGAGCUCUAACCUGAUACGACACCAGCAGAUCCACACAGGGGAACAGCCCUACACGUGUGGGGAGUGUGGGAAGAGCUUCAGGGACAGCUCUAAACUCCUCACGCACCAGCGCAUCCACACUGGGGAACGGCCCUACAAGUGCUUGGAGUGUGGAAAGGGGUUUCACACCAGCUCCAGUCUCCUCAGGCACCAGCAGACGCACACGGAUGAGAGGCCCUUCCGCUGCACCGACUGUGGGAAGGACUUCAUCCAGAACUCCGACCUCGUCACCCACCGGCGCAUUCACACAGGGGAGAGGCCCUACAAGUGCUCGGAAUGUGGGAAGAGGUUUCAGCGCAGCUCCAGUGUCCUCCUGCAUGAGCGGACGCACACGGAUGAGAGGCCCUUCCGCUGCACCGACUGCGGGAAGGGCUUCAACCGGAACUCCAACCUCGUCGCCCACCGGCGCAUCCACACCGGUGAGAGGCCCUACAAGUGUGGGGAGUGUGGGAAGAGCUUCACCCAGAGUUCCAAUUUGACCAAACACCAACGGACCCACCAGUGAGGGAAGCCCUUCCAGUGCCCCGACUGCGGGAAGAGCUUUGGCUGCUGCUUCCACCCCGAAUG